UAUUCGUGCGUGUGCGAUUUGUAAUACAAUUUGAAUUUAUUGAAAACUGCGUGCAACGCAUCGCGAUUUGUGCGUGGGUCGUGUAAAAAGUGCAGCUAGCAGACGACGCAUCGAACAGCAAAAGCGACCGACGCAGUAGAAGCGCGACGUAAAAAAUAGGCACACACAAAAACAAAAAGCCCGAAAAAAAGGCAAAACGCGGCCGCGCGAUUCUGUGUGUGGUGUGUGUUUUGUGUUUAUUUUUGGAAUAAAAAAAGCUGUCGACAAAGCGGGCGGGAAGAGUGGGAAGAGGACCACUAAGGCUAAAAUCUAGCUAAUAGCCACAGCCACACGAAGACGUCGACGACGACCAAGACUACGUAAAUUUGUGCCGCGGCCGGAUUUCGCAGCGCAACGCAGCGUCAGCGUCACUUCAAACGCAAUAAUAGCUGCGCGAGGUGCCUUGGAUUUAUACGCGUACGCAGUGCCGCCGACGCCGACUACGUCGUCAACGUGCGGCGACUUUAACGGCUCCGCGGUGGAGAACUUUUACCUCAGAAUGGACCCCACGCGCGGUGACUCGCGCUAUAACCUAAACUACUCCAUGAGUAGUAUAGGUCUGAGCCUGGCCGACCAGGCCGACAUGUAUGGCAAUCCGGCAGUGGCCGCUCUGGGCGCACGCCCGCCCAGCGGCGGCCUACUUCAGAGCAUGGGCGGCGGUGGGGGUGGUGGUUUGCCUAUGCAGCGGUCAAAUACAACAGCAGCAGCGGCUGCGGCGCAAUGCCAGACGCUGGCCAACAGCCAGACUCAUAGUCCACAGCACGUGGCAGCGGCGCAACAGCAGCAGCAACAACAACAACAACAGCAGCAGCAGCAGCAACAGUCCCGUGGCCUGAAACGUGCCGGCUCUGACUGCUAUGAGGACCAUCGUGCGGCUGGCUUGACGCUGCAGGGCCUGGAGAGCUGUGCCGCAGGCAGCGGCACUAGCGGUGGCGGGGGUGGUGUGGUUGACGAUGGCGUCGAAGGCUACAAUCCGCUGCCCAACAAGAAAUCGCCGCCCGCUAAUGGCAAAAAGACAAAAGGACGCGUCAAAAUCAAAAUGGAGUAUAUUGACAACAAGCUGCGUCGCUACACGACCUUCUCGAAACGCAAGACGGGCAUCAUGAAGAAGGCCUAUGAGCUUUCGACGCUGACCGGUACACAGGUAAUGCUGCUGGUGGCCUCCGAGACGGGUCACGUCUACACAUUUGCCACGCGCAAGCUGCAGCCGAUGAUCACCUCGGAGGCGGGCAAACAACUGAUACAGACCUGUCUUAACUCACCGGACCCGCCCAGUGUAGGUGGCGGAGACCAGCGCAUGUCUGCCACGGGCUUCGAGGAGACGGAGCUCAGUUACAACAUUGCCGACGAGGACUCAAAAGAUGAACGCUCGCCCACUUCGUCGGGCAACGAAUCGGACGACUCGUCCGAUGUGGAAAUGCCGACGGCAACGAAUUGUGAACAGUCCAGAACAGGGGCCAAAAUGUCCUCAGCGCCCACAAUGGAGUCCAAAGCAGAGGCGACUACGACGGCCACAGCUCAAGGAUCGAACUUUCAGACUGAGCGUCCCAGUACCAGCGGGAGCGCCAUGACCACGGCAUUAACCAGCAGCACCACCACCCCCACAGUCCCAAGCAUUGGUGCUGCAGCUGCAACCAUUGCAUCGGGUGCAUCUGGUGCAUCUGCCACGCCGACUGAUAGCAAAUAUGUCUACCCCGCAGCCUCGUUCGCCAGCAUACCUCCGGACAUGCUGCGCCAGCUCAUACAGUCGGGCCACUUGCAGCUGCACGCGGAGGAAGAUGGCAAUCAAUAUGUGACCAUACCUCUGAGCUCUACGGCGGCCAAUCUUAUCAAGAGCAACAAAAUGGCCGCCAGUUCGAGUGCACUGUCGGCGGCGACGUCUGCAGCGGCAGCAGCAACCAGCACGACCGGCAAGCCUGAGCAGAGCGCAGAUAUAAGUUUGUCGAUUAAACAAGAGUAUGAUUAGCGAUGGCUUUCUGUGCACAACUAAUAAUUGCUUUUACAACAACCACAAAAACAUAAACAACUUGCCACGCCCAAAUCAUACGUAUAUAUCCAAAUAUACUUGCACACAUACUUAACAAGGAUGUUGCCUUAAACAUUCGGCUUCUUAAACUGAUUCUUUGCAAACAAAUUGUAAAUCACAAAUGUUACUUCUUAAGUAAAAAAUCUAAUUGAGGAAUAAUUUAGCACUAAAAUGUGAUUAAAAAGCGAAAUUCAAAGAAUUACGGGAGGUUUUAAACAUAACGGUCUAUAUUUCACGAAUAUGGUAGCACAUGCAAUUCAUUGAGAAACAUAUUGCAGGCAGUAGGCUAACACUUUGGUUAUUAACCAUUUAGAUAUCGAUCCAGAAAGUACGGAGAAUGCUCAAGUAUUCAUUACAAAACAAUAGAAAAAGACUUUUUUUGUUAGCCCACAAAAUAGCCUUCAGUUUGAAAGAUAAGCUUCUCAUUCGAGGAGAAUCUAUUACUUUUGUCGUGUUUUUAUCGAUUACAGGAUUACAUUUACAAGUACUCCCCAACAGCCCUAUUUACCCACCUUUCUGAACAAUUUCGUUCACAUUCAUGCACUUCAUUGAUUUCUUAAAAUCGUAAGAUUGACAAUAAUAUCUGUACGGCUACGUUUAAUAUCAUCUAUCCAAUUUUGAACUCGCUUCAAAUAAGAUAUGUAGUAUAUUCCGUGAAUUUCAUCCGAACAUCAAGUGAAUAUCGAUGUAUGAGUGCAUUCUCUUAAGAUAUUUCACCCAUUAGAAAAGAACAUGUUUCAAAGUUCAAACCUAAGUUUCACGCUCGUAGUAACAAAAAGUCGUUCAUCUGCCAAAUCGACUGCUGCCUGUUAUGUUAAUUAGAGAAAACCUGAGAUAACGCUGCGUUAUUACUAAAUGACACCAAGCAGAUCAUUCUCUAGUGUUGAUUCACAACUAAAGAGCACGUAUCGGCCUUUUCUAUUUACUUUAAUGAUUUUUAAAUGCGUUCAGUUUAAGCAACUUAGUCACAGCUAGUCUGGGCUGUGCACUUACACAUACAUGCACUAAGUCAUAUACAUACUUAUACAUACAUAUGUAUACCUACAUAAAGAACUAUAUAUCAUGUAAAGAAAUAUUUUUAUACCUAUCUGAGCCGUAACCUUUGCGCUUGGUUGACGCGAUAAAUGCUGACAAGCAAAUACGUAAAUUUAUAAUGAGAAUUAUGAGCAAA